CUACCUGUAUGCGUUAUGAUUAUGAUAAGCAACAUAUUUGAUGUUCUAGGGCUUAAGGAUUGUGUGCAUCAUGUGGUGACAGCAGCUUGGAUAACUGUAGAAAUGGAAGGUACUAGCGUCCCUAUUGAGAUUGAUGGAGACGCGAUCUGUCUAGAGAAUGUUGGAGACGACGAGCAUGAAGCUCAAGAGAGCGGACAGGUGCAAAUCAUCUAUGCUACUGAAAAUGGCGCUCAAGUAGCUUUUGACAGCCAAGAACAGGGAACGGAGGAACAUUCUGUGAGAAGUGAAGAAGACCAGGAAAAUAAUUCUGUUAUACCAAGCCGGGAGGAGUUUACUGAAGAAUUGCGCACUAAAGUUGCGUAUAGUGAGGAACAAGCUUACAGGCUGUACUGUGAGUAUGGGCACCGUAUGGGUUUUAGUGUGCGAAAGGGAAAGCAGUACUACUUUACAGGGACCAAAGUUAUUCGAACGAAAGACUAUUACUGCUCAAAGGAAGGUUUAAAGGACGAUGAGCAGCUUACCGAGGCAAACUUUAAUAAGCCAGAGACCAGAACUAACUGCAAAGCGAUGGUCCGUUUUAGAGUUGAUUCCGAAGGUCAGUGGCGAGUUAUUCAGAUAAUUCCUGAGCAUAAUCACGAGUUGGUUCCGCCUGAAGAAAUACACUUACUGAGAUCAGUGAGGAUCCUUUCGAUUCCAAAACCCGGUACACUGAACGCAAUGGUGAAUGCUGAAAUCCAAUCGAUGCAUGACAGUUUGCAUGUGCAUGAUGAUGGUGCUGAAUGCCAUAGUCAGGUUAGCAUCCAAAGUUACGCACUGCUUGAACCAGAGGAUGCCGAAGCACUUGUAGGAUAUUUGAAGCGUAGAACAAUUGAGCAAGGUAUGUUCUAUUGGGAUGUGCAAGUAGACCAAGAAGGCCAAAUGACCAAUUUCUUUUGGAGAGACGGUAGAAGCCGUGUUGACUAUGACUGUUUUGGAGAUGUUGUGGUAUUUGACACAUCAUAUCGUACCAAUAAGUACAAUAUGAUAUGUGCCCCAUUUGUUGGUAUUAAUCACCACAUGCAAAAUGUUAUGUUUGGCUGUGCAUUUAUGUUAGAUGAGUCGUUGACAUCCUAUGAAUGGUUACUGAAAUCAUUCUUAGAGUCAAUGGGUGGUUGUCCGCCUAAAACAAUAUUUACUGAUCAGAAUGACACUAUAUCAAAGGCAAUUGAAGUCAUUCUCCCAGAGACACGCCAUUGUAUUUGUCAGUGGCAUAUCGAAAAGAACCUACAGGCCCAUUUGGAUACACCAAAUGCUUCUGGAACAUUUCAUAGCAUGUUCAUGAAAUGCAUGAAAGGUUGCGAGUCAGAAGCAGAGUUUGAGGAAACAUGGGCAAUGAUGCUUCAGGAGCAUAAUUUGCAGGAUGACCAGUGGCUCACUGAUCUAUUUGAGCAGAGGCAUAAAUGGUGCACAGCUCUUCACAAGGUUGCAUUUGAUUGUGGUAUUAGAUCACUGGAUAGGAAUUUUAGUUCACACAAUGUGCUGGGCAGCAUUGCUGAUGAAUCAACUUCACCCACUAAUUUUGCUCUUGAGUUUGAUAAACUGGUUGGGAGUUGGCGUACAAAUGAAUCUGUAGACGAUAUUCAGUGCAAGCAAAUUUCCCCAGAGUGUUCAGUUAAGCAGAAUAGUAUUUUGCAACACGCUGCUGAAGUUUACACACAUAAAGUCUACAAGUCUCUUGAAACAGAGUUUCUAGACGGAUGCACUGGAACUUCAUACCAGGAAAUGCAAUGCAGUGAAACACUGUAUAGAUUUGAGUUCAUUAUGCAAAGUAGUCCAAAAGUUUGGAUAGUUUUCCUUGACACCUCUACCAUGGAAUUGAGCUGUAGUUGCAAAAAAUUUGAGAUGAUGGGCAUACUUUGUUCGCAUGCACUGAAUGCACUUGGUCUCAAGAAUCUUGAUAAAAUUCCUGAAAGUUAUGUUUUAAAGCGAUGGACAAAAUAUGUGAGGAAAGGGACUUAUGUAUUUCCAAGUGACCAGUCUCCAGAACAAGAUUGCACAGAGGCUGUGCUUGCAUAUCGUAACCGGGCUAUGUGGUUUGUUUAUGAUCUGCUGAUGAAGAGCAAACGUCAUCAGGAUACAAGAAAACUUAUUCUUGACGUGCUUGAAAAUGGAGAAAAAUCAUUGGAAAGUGUAUGUGAACUGAAAAGGAUGCAUAUACAUCCCUCAGGAAAAGACAAAGAUGCAAGUAAAGCUGAGAAGAGGAAAAAAAAGUUAUCUAAGCAGGAUAAAAAUUCAAGAAAUGUUAAACAAGUGGUUUUGCCUCCGCCAGCCGAGUCAGUUUUUGUUGACCAACCAAAUCAAAAUCAGUAUUUUGCAACAGAAGAUAUUGCAACAAACUCAUCUAUUGGUAGACCUUUCUUCUACCAGGAAUAUCCUGCUACUGGUGUUUCAGCAAGUCAGAUUGAGGGGCAUGCAAAUAUCCAUUCCGUGCCUCAGUGUGCACCAGCACCACAGGAAUUUCCGGCAUAUGCCGCAGUCCAUCCCCCAUCUACAUUUGGCGGCGAAAGUAAUUUCUGAAGAAUGCAGUGGUACCAUUGAUGUGUGAAUAUCAAAAGUGCAUAUUUCAUUAACUGAUUGUUGUAUGGGCAUGGUGCGUUGGAUGAUCCUAAGCUGUAUGUAGGCCUCCUUUGUUUGACUUCGCUAAUUAAUGUACCAGAUGUAAUUUGUUUACUCAACUGUAUGGAGUGGAAGUAUUGUGCAGUGGAGAAUUAGGAGCUAAGAGCAUCUUAAAUAGCAGCCUUAUUUUUGGGCACGAGGAAAAAAAACGCCCUCCAACAGCUGCCCAACCGUUUUUUUUUUGCAAUUUCCUUUUGGGCAGCCCUAAAAUUAAACCCAUUAACAGUCGCUACAAGGGCGCAUGAACGACUAUGCCACGUGUUUGUUUACUGUGCCGAAGGGAAAAUUAAAAACGCGUCCAGCCUCCUCCUCCCCUUUUCUCUCUCUCUCUCGUUUUCCACCCCAGCUAGGGUUGCCGCCGCCGCCGCCCCAUCGCUCCUCGUCGACCUGGAAGCUUGAGGCGUCGCCGCCGCGGUCAGACGAGCCGCCGACGGACGCGGGGAGGAGGAGCUCGUCGGGGGCGUUCCCGCGCAAGCUGGGCGCCAGCCUGUGGGAGAUACGGGACGUCGUCAGGGCCGUGGGCGCUGGCCGCCGGAUCCGCAGGCGCGCGCGGAGGGGGCCGGCCGCACCCCCCUGCCGCGACAGCGACGACGACGACGUCGAUCGAUCGGGUGAGAAGUCCGCUACCGCCCUCUGUUUUUUCAUUGUCAACAUCGGUUGCGGUCUGUCCUUGCAGUCUUUCCCAAAGCUCCGUACAUACUCUACACUGGCAUCAUGUGUCAUUGUCGCUGAAUUUUCAGUGGAUCAAUAUGUUAGAAUUAGUUCCUAAUGUGCAGCCAGUGCGGAACAUAUCGUAUGCUGCUGCUCCUUGAGAUUUGGCUAUUUCGGCGCUAGAAAAUCCUACUGUUACAACUUCGUUCCUGCUAGCUAGGACACGUUCUAGCUUAACAGUCGCACUAGACUAAUCUUUUGGCGGGCUUGUGAGAAGUAGUUGCAUUUCAGAUCCUCCUUGUUUCCAUUGAAAACCGAUGAAAAAGGAGAUCUCCAUCAUAAUCCCCAUCACCGCCACACCCACUCUUCUGCCUUCCUCCUCCUUCCUGCUCUCUAUAUCAGCGGCGGCGUGAGGGAAGCGGCGUUGACGGAGACGCUCCGGCGGCGGCGGCGCUCGGGCGCGUGAUAACGGCGGCGGGAGCGGCUUCUCCGAGCCCCAAUCUGGGGGUUCAGUUUCAGGGCACCGAUGGUUUUCUUCGUCUACGAUGCCAGGGGCGAGCUGGCGUUCCACAUCGACAACUAUUCCCGCCGUCGAAUGCUCGACGAUGGGGCGAGGUGGUGGAAGCAUUGGUGAUGGGGGCUGACCGUGCGGGAUGGUGGAGCAGCGGGCGCUCGCCAGGGCGCUGUCAAGCAGGAGCACGGCCAUGGUGCCGCCUUUGCUCGUUGCUGAGGAUGGUACGUGCUUGAGCUGAAGCACGAUGCUGCCCCGACGUACUCCUCCCUCACUACCUUCUCAAUAGCAAGGUGAGCCUCCCACUCUCCAUCUUUUUCCUAGAUUUUCCAAUGACUAUUCAAAAAAUCAUCCAGGAGAGAGGUAGUAGCAACAGACCAAAGCAAAGGAAGAUCAAUUCCUUUUUGCUAUUGGCCUUUUAACUUUACUUCCUGACCGUGCAAGUUAGUAGAACACCUUGAUUAAAUGGCUCAACAGGGUUUUGGUUUAAUAUGUUGGAUUGCUUUACACAGGGUGCUCCACCUGGGUCUGUGUUUGUUGGCUCCAUAACUAUGGUAUAGUAAGCUCAUUCAACAAGAAAGAUGAACAGCAUGCUCCGGCAUCUUAUAGCAUUUUGUGUAUCAUUCCACCAUCAAAGGUCCGUAGCACUGGAAUAAAUUAUGAACUCCCUUUAAUUUAACUUAUCUUUAUUUGUUAUUAUUAUCCUUAUAAUACUAGACCAGAAGUUCAGGUGUAAAUUAUAUAGGGUCUCAAUAAGGUCAUAUCAACUCUAUGUUGUCUCACAUAUUCAGGGUACUUUUUUAUGAAUAUGUAAAUUGCAGGUUGAUGAUACUAAAGAAAGGGGGGGUUUCAGUUGAAACAAAGAAGUGUAUUUCUGAGAGGUUAGAUGACGAGGUUGGGAGAUUUCAGCAGUUAGUUAAAUGCUAUUUACUUGAAUUCAGAUUGUUUUUGAAAUUCCUAGCAACCUAUUUUGUUUCGUAUUCUCUCAACUCAUGUUGCUCAUUCUUGAUCAUUCAUGAUUUAGAGGAUAUGUUGGUAAUCUAAAUGCUAUAUCUAUGUACUUCUCUUAUAUGUGCAUUUGGCUUGCACUGCCUACUCACAAACACGAUAAUGCUUGAGCGUGCCAGGGAUAAUUAUCACCUGAAGUUACUUUGUCUAGAUUUCAGGUACACUCUGUCUAAUGCUGAAUACAGGCUCUCCCUUGAAAGAAUCCUAGAAUUUGUCUGAUCAUAAAACCGAGUGCAAGGAAAGAGAUAGCACUGAAUAAUAUAGUCACAGUGACCUCAGUUUUGGAGGAUCAGUUUCGACAUUAUCAGAAAAUGAGCAAAUCGACUAACGGUUCAGAAAAGAGGGAUGACAAAUUAUUACCAGAAAUAUGGGUGGAUUAGAUAGCUUAAACGCAAGCAAAAGAACAUAUUCUACAAUUGCAGUCUCGCUUGGAUUCUAUGGAAAGGGUAACAUUUAUCUCAUACCUAAUUUUCAAUUUAAGAUGAUUGUUAUUCCAACUGUUUCACUAUCUCUCUCCUACCUCAGGAUACUCCAUUUCAAAAUGUCUGUGUAUGGAGGAAAUCAGUAGUGUGGUUAUUGUGCUUACUCCGUUCUAUACCCUUGCCAAUUCGUUGGGAAUGGUUAAAUGGUUAUAUAAAUAAAUUUAUUGGGUACAGAUAGCAUGGUCAUUACAAACUAGCUGGAUGUCUGACGGUUCUUGAGAUUGUAAGUUAAUAGUUAUUUUAUUUAUAGGGUUGAGUCUUUUAGAGAUGAUAAUGUCCUCUUUUGACUAAAUUGAGCAAUGUAAUCUCAUAUAUACAGAAGGCCCGACUGUCAAUAAUUCUCAUUUGCAAAAAUAGAUGCUCUGGCAAUUUCAACUUC